AUGGUCGUUCAUAAUCCCAACAACUGGCACUGGGUAGACAAGAACUGUCUGCCAUGGUCCAAGCAGUAUCUGGAUGAAAAACUGCUGCCUGUUUCCCUGGCCCAGGAUGGCUACGACAUUCAUGUUGUAAGCAUCAAGUCUUUGACUGGUGAUUGUGAUGUCACCCAGAGAAAAGGAAAGAUCAGAUGUAUCUACGAUAUGAAGCUCGAAUUUGAGGUGGAGUACAAAGAAGGUGAUGCCACGUCUCUUUUCACUGUCACAAUACCGGAACUGUUCCAUGACCAGGACGAGGACGAGUAUAUCUUCAAUGUUUCUGGAACGGGUGACUCCGAACAUAGGACCAAGGUGACUAAGCUGUUUGUUCCAGUUGUGAGAACCACAUUGAUGAAAUUCCAGCCAGAUCUGCUUGCAUCUCAUGAUGAACAACUAAAGCACAGUACGAAUCCUAAUUAG